CCGGGCAGCCUCACUAUUUCUGAAUAUGGCGGAGGCGGGGGAGGCGGCUGUGCUGGCCUGGAUGGACCAGGCGCUCGACGUGGCUAAGGAGGCGCUGGAGAAAGGGGAGGUUCCCGUGGGCUGCCUGCUGGUCUACAACGGCGAGGUCAUAGGCAGGGGCAGGAACGAGGUCAACGAGACGAAGAACGCUACUCGGCAUGCAGAAAUGGUGGCAAUUGACCAGGUCCUUGACUGGUGCAAGCAACACAAGAGGGAUUACAGGGAAGUGUUUCCGCAGCUGGUGCUGUACGUAACUGUAGAGCCCUGUAUCAUGUGUGCAGCUGCUGUGCGCUUGAUGAAAAUUCCACGGGUCGUGUAUGGCUGUCGAAAUGAGCGAUUUGGAGGCUGUGGCUCCGUUUUGAGCAUCUCGUCUGAUGAUAUGGUGGACUCCGGAGACCCAUUUGAAUGCUCUUCUGGCUAUCGUGCUGAAGAAGCAGUGGAAUUGUUAAAAGCUUUUUACAGACAAGAAAAUCCCAAUGCACCAAAAUCAAAAGUACGGAAGAAGGAUCGUCGUCAGUAGCCCUACACUGGUGGGACACAGAAACUUACCAAAAAAUGAUAUGUUGCCACAUAGCAGGACUCAAGGGCAGCAGUAAAUAUAUUCAGCUGGUUUAUUUAAAGAAGUUCAAAUGCUUCGCCAUUUUCCCCUUGCUGCUUGAUAAAUAAGCGUUUGUGCUUCAGGGUUUCAUUUACCUUGGACCGAAUUUUUGCCAGUUCAUUACAGGUAAACAUGAUUUUAUUUCGGCCUUUGGUUUGCUUGUCAAUAGUCUGACAUCAAAAUAUAUUGAACCAGCUAGGAGGGCAGGAAGCAAAACAAUACAGCUUUGUCUCUGCUAAACCAAUUACAAUUGACAAUCCAAGGCCAUAAUAAAUAUGUCUUGUGACUUGCACACUAGAGGAGAGCCUGAAUUUAAAUUAUAGCUUUGGGUUUUGAAAUGCUCACUGAUCCAUUCCAUUCCCAUUAAGAGUGCCUUCCGCUCUGCAAAAUUAAGUGAUAUCUUUACAUGACAGUUUAAUUUAAUUAAUUUGUUUUUCAAUACGUACAUUUAUGGAGUUUCUCCAUUAGGCUUUUGAAAUGUCUGUAGGUCCUAUGCAUUAAUGUAAAUGCACCAUGGCCCAUAAUUACCUUUGGCAGGCUUAGGGCACUGAUAAAAAGAUUAUAUUUUUAAAAACUAAAGUCUUCAAACUUCCUCAGUGCUUGGCAGGAAAUCUGUUUCUGUGUUUUAUUUGGAGCAAGGCUGUGGAGCCUGCAGCCAACAACUCCAGUGUAGGCAGUAACCGUUGCAUUUUAGAAGAAAAUACACUUGAGGCUAAAUGAGAGAAAGGGGAGAGGAUGACAAUUAGUGCAAGAGUACUAGAAGCAGCUGUUUGUGUGUUUUGCCUUGUGGCUGCCAAUAUAUACUCUUAUCAUUAAAGUGCAUCUAGAAACAAGGUAUUUUCCAUUAAAUUACUUCACAAAACAUGAAUCUUUGUCUUUUUAAGAGGCUGCUCCAAAGUGAGUUUAUCUUCCUUUUUCACAAUAGCUCUGCACUAGCCAAGAAUACUGGAUUCUCCCUUUGCCUCCUCCUCCCUCCUUUCUAAAAAUGAACUUUUCAGGAAAAUAUGGAAUUCAGAGAAGUUUGAAGGAGAGCAGAUGGCCAACAGUGAUCCAAUAGGAUGUAAAACUUCAGUUAGGUAGUUGCUUGGCAGGCAAGUGCAAGUGAGCCUGUGAUGUUUCCAUAGUGAUGUUUUCACAUGGUGCCUUCCU